AUGAAAGUAACACACCCCCAUUACGUCUUGGCUGUACUGUUGAGCCUGGGGUGCCUCGUCUUUGGCCAACUCGUGCUCAAAAAUGACCUAGACAGCAUUCUUGCCAGCUACAAAAAUGUAUCGACAUAUUACAAUCUCCUUAAGGCCCACCCAGAUGCCUUGUUUGGAUUCCCCGACACCAUCGGUGUGACCAUGAUCGUGCCCGACAACGAAGCCUUCGAGAAGAUCUACGACUGGGACUCAAAGAACAAGACCAUGGUGACAGAAAUCCUCCGCUAUCACAUCUUCCCAGGCAUGGUGUCCGUCGGCACCACUGAAGAGGGCACCCCAAUUUUUGCCCGGACGCUACUAGACGGCACGCGCGUCAUCCUCAACAGGCAGAACGGAGACGAGGUGGUCUUCACGUCCGGCGCCGAUAGGCGAUCCAUGCUGCUUGAAGGCGACAUUGAGUUCAGCGAUGGUCUAAUACAGAUCGUCGACACGGUGAUGGUCCCGCCCCCAGGCCUGGUUCCCAUUUGCCGCGAAUAUAACCCAACGCUCGCCGCCUUUCUUGGGGCGCUGUACCAAACAAAUCUGACCGAGCAAAUAUUGACGUCCAAGAACAUCACAAUAUUUGCUCCCAACAACGCGGCCUUUCAACGUACAUCCGGUGCUCUAUCUGCCUUGUCACCGUCAGAACUUCUGGACGUGAUGAAAUUCCACAUCGUCCCCGCUGUAGUCUACAGCAAUGACCUCGUCAACGGCGCCAGCUGGCGCACCCUCGCCGGCAAGAACAUCACCGUCACGGUGGCGGGCAACAAUAGGUAUAUCGCGUCCUCCCAGAUUCUCGACCCCGACAUACUCAUCGACUUUGGGGUGGUCCACAUGCUGGGCAACGUGCUCAACCCUGCCCAGUCAGAUGCGCGCCCCACGCCGACCAUGAUGGUACAGCCCCCUGCCUUUGCACUCGUCGGGAGCACCUCCACUGGCAACAGGGUUCCUGUCCCAUUCACGAGUGCCCUGCCAUGUACUGCUGACUGCCCGCCGCCGACACAUGCGGCCGCACAAUCGACGUCGGUCAGACUACCAAUCGACAAUGGUGUUGCCGGAGGGCUAGUAGCCGAGUGUACAGGUCUCAUGGGAGCGAUGGGUGUUGGUGUACUUGGUGUUGGCAUGCUGGGUGCGGCGGGUAUGCUAUGA